AUGAAGCUAAGCGUCCUUGCUGCUCUGUGUGCCUACAUGGCCAUGCCCGGUGUGGUUGUGGCCGAGAAAUCGGCUGUCGACCACCCUACUUACUCCCCCAUAGCUAAGCUGAACGAAGACUCAUUUUUCGAGCCUUUCGACGACGAAGAUUGGGAAAAAAAGUGGGUCGUUUCGCAUGCGAAACGUGAUGGUGAAUUUGCUUACGUUGGCAAAUGGAAUGUUGAGGAAUCGUCUGUCAACCCUGGUUUUGCUGGUGACAAGGGCCUUGUUCUUAAGUCCGAGGCUGCUCACCAUGCAAUUUCGCUGCAACUCCCAGAGCCUUUCGACAACAAGGGUAAAACAUUGGUUCUUCAAUAUGAGGUGAAGCUUCAGAAGGGACUAACUUGUGGCGGUGCCUACGUGAAGCUCCUUUCAGCUGAAGGGCUUGAAGGUGAUUUCUCCAACGAGACGCCUUACCAGGUCAUGUUUGGUCCUGACAGGUGUGGUGCCACCAACAAGGUCCACUUGAUCUUGAAGCGUAAGAACCCAAUUACCGGGGAAUAUGAGGAGAAGCACCUCGUUUCUGCUCCAAUGAGUCGAGUAGUGAAGACUACCAGCCUCUACACUCUGAUCAUCACUCCUGAACAGGAGUUUGAGAUACGUAUCAACGGCGAUGUUGUCAUAGCUGGCUCUUUGUUUGAAGAGUCUCUUUUUGCUCCUUCUUUCAACCCUCCAAAGGAGAUUGCAGAUGCCAACGAUCUCAAACCAGCUGACUGGGUUGACGAGGAGCUGAUCCCUGACCCAACAGCCGUGAAGCCUGCUGACUGGGAUGAGGAGGCUCCUUUCUACAUCGAUGAUGUGGACGCAGUGAAGCCUGAUGACUGGGAUGAAGAUGCUGAAGACUACAUUCCAGAUCCAGAAGCAUCCAUUCCAGAGGACUGGGAUGAGGAAGAAGAUGGAGAAUGGCUUGCACCUGAGAUUCCCAACCCGGCCUGCCAAGACCACGGUUGCGGCCCUUGGUCUCCACCUCAGAUCAAGAAUCCUGCCUACAAGGGCAAGUUCGUUGCUCCUUUGAUCCCCAACCCCGAAUACCAGGGCGAAUGGGCACCAAGGCUUGUCGCCAACCCAGACUACUACGAGGAUGCGACUCCUGCUGACCUCGAGCCAAUUGGAGGAAUCGGUUUCGAGCUUUGGACUAUGAGUGAGGAUAUCUUGUUUGACAACAUUUUGCUUGGUCAUGAUGUUGCUGAGGCCGAGUAUAUCGGAAACGCGACAUUCACACCUAAGGUCGAGAUCGAACAGGAGGCUGCCUCCAAAGAGGCUCCAAAGGCUGCGUUCGAGCCAGAAACCCCUCCUUCAUACAAGGAAGAUGCAAUUUCUUUUGUCAGCGCCUACAAGGAGGUGAUUGUUGAGUAUGCCACCGAAAAGGUCGGACAGCUCAUCAACGUGUUCUGGACUUUCGUGCACGAGGCAGACCUUUAUUUUACUGACUUCAUGGACAGUCCUUUAAACACGUUUCUCACGCGGUUCCCAGAGCUCUGCUACUUUGUCGGCUACUUCCUAGCAGGACUGACAUUCGUGAUGAUGAUCUUUGGUUUCAUCGUUGCUUCGCUGGUUGGAGACGCUGUUCCAGGUCUGAUUGAGACGCCAAAGACCGAAGACGUCGACAAAAACAAGGAUGUCAAGGAACAGGUUACAGAGGCAAACGGUGCCGAGGCAAAUGAAACUGUGGCUACUAAGCGUUCUGUCAAGAGUACAUAA